AUGGAGAACGAAUUCUGGAAUUUCAGCGACCAGCUGCGGGUGGAGACGUCCGCCAGCUUCGCGAACCUGUCGAUCGGAGAUAGCAUCUGGGCGAACCCCUUUCCCGCCAAGGGCCGGAACGAGGAGCGUCAGAACGUCGAUAACGCCGCCGCCGUGCGUGCGCCGUCCGUCAUAGGAGCAGGGCAGAUGCACGCAAAGCAGAAUUUCCUGCAGCAACAGCAAGCGGAGAAGCCCGGCUUCGUCGAUCUCAACGGCAACAACGGCGGGUGGAAGGCGUCGUUCGGUGGGAGCAAGAGCGCCUUCGCCAACAACACUAACAGCUUCUUAAGCCGGGAGAUCGCCAGACCCGGGAACCUGCUCAACAAAGAAGUCAACAAGCCUGUCAAUGGCCUCGCGCAACACCCCAGGAGGAACAACGACAACAAUGAUCUCGGCAAAGGCAAGGGAGUUAUCGGCGGCAAGAAGAACAGCGCCAACAAAAACAGCAACAUCAACGACAGGAAUAGCAACGAUAAGGUUGCGGUAGAUAAGAGGUUCAAGACCCUGCCGGCAUCGGAGGCGCUGCCUCGUAGCGAGGCGAUCGGCGGAUAUAUAUUCGUCUGCAACAACGACACCAUGCAGGAGAACCUCCGCCGGCAGCUUUUCGGUGAGUUUUUCCGUUCUUUUUGAGGAUCAGUUCUUUCCCGAAAUGAAAUCUGAACUUCUGAUGACUUAAUUCGAAAUCUCAACGAAACCUCCAGGCCUACCGCCAAGGUAUAGGGACUCGGUCCGGGCGAUAACGCCGGGCCUGCCGCUGUUCCUCUACAAUUACUCCACUCAUCAGCUCCAUGGCGUCUUUGAGGUACUCUAUUGAUUCCCGCCCGACCCAGAAGAUAAUUCCUUCGACUCAUCAGAGGAAAAUCGAAGAACCUAAUGAUUCUUUUGCUUUCUUCUCCGUUCAGGCCGCCAGCUUCGGUGGAACUAACAUAGACCCAACGGCGUGGGAGGACAAGAAGUCCCAAGGAGAAUCCCGCUUCCCUGCUCAGGUACUGAGAAGCCACAUAUUUUUAUAGUUUACCCAGACGACGCUCGUGUCCUCCCUGGUUUUCCCUAAUCUGGCUGCCUCCGGUUGUUGGGUUCUUCUCUAGGUGAGGGUUCUCACAAGGAAGAUCUGCGAGCCGCUGGAGGAGGACUCUUUCCGGCCAGUUCUCCAUCACUACGACGGCCCCAAGUUCCGGCUGGAGCUCAGCGUUCCCGAGGUACAUCCCCAACACACUUAUUCCUCCAAGAACCACCCAGCUUCCCGAUUUGUCCUCCGCGAUCUCAAGAACUAAACCUCGAUUCAACACUUCGCAGGCGCUGGGUCUCCUAGAUAUAUUUGCAGCGCAUAGCGCCUGA